AUGUAUGCCGUACUCUUAAUAUUCUCAUUGUUGUGUUCAACUCGUGUACUGCACGCGGAAGUCGGUGAGACUGAUCUCAAUGAAGCUUCCGAGAAACAGUACGCAGUAAAAAUAAACAAAUGUUGCUUUGAAGAUGAACUUAUUGUUGACGGAGUAUGUAGACUUCUCAAACAAUAUAAUCAAACUGCAUGGAUACCAGAAUUUAAGACUGAAGAUGGUAACAAAGUCAAUGUGAAAUACUAUAAUUUUGUACCUGGUUUUCCCGACUGUGAAACUACACAACAGAGACCUAUAUUCGAUAUAGAGAAAUCUGAAGAUGAACUUAACUUAUUGUCUAAUGGACAUCUACUGCAUCUUAUCAACCAUGAACAUAGUUCGGACAACAUUAAAGAAGACCCAGUGAUAAGUACAUUUAGUUUGCACGACAACAUUGAUAUACCAGAUGUUAAAGAGCCAACUUCAUACAUACAUAAUCAGAAUAAAUAUUGCAUGGAUAAGGUACUUUUGACAAACUCUACUAUAACUGGAUCAUAUGCCUUAGUAUGUGUGCCGGAAGUAAAAAUCAACUGGAAAGAUAUGAAUUUUCUCAUGAAAAAGGUUCUAAAUCCAAUAUUUCAUGCAAUAUCAAUGUUAUUAUUCUUGCUAGUGGCUGUAAUAUACUUUGUAUUACCAACACUAAGGGACUUGGCUGGAAACAUUAUAACUACAAUAAAUGUGUGUUUGAUUGUGAGCCAGGCAGCUGAUUUAGUAAGAAUAUUCACUGAGUUUAGUAAUCAUGUCAGCUUCAUGAUCACUGAUAUAAUAUUGUAUGUCAGCCUAUUAGCUGCUUUCUUUUGGUUAAACAGUUUGGGAUUUUAUGUGUGGAAGACAUUUAAGUCUCGUAACGUAUUUCUACGCGUGACAGACGUGCGCAAAUACUGUUACUAUUCAAGUGUGGUGUGGUCUAGCGUAGCGGUUAUGGCUGCAAUGGCCAUAAGCGCUCAUUUCUUGUUAGAUACUGGCACCAACCCUAAUAGGAAGACCAGGAUCCAGUUUUCAUCAUCAAUCCUCAUUGAUGAUGUCGAACAAGAAACAAUUGGCCUAUUAGGUAUAGCUAUUUUCUUCACACCGGUGGCGUUUACAAUCAUAUUUAAUGUGUUCUUUUACGUCACAACAUUGAAGAUUAUAAAAAGAAUCAACAUAUAUGGCAGAAUUCAUCACAAACUCAAAGGAUGUUUCAAUUUGUUCCUUCAAUUAUUCCUAAUAAUGACAACAGCUUGGUUGUUUCUGUUGCUGUCUUGGCUCAAUAUUGAUGAAUUACUCUACGCGCACAUAUUUGUCAAUCUACUUCAAGCAAUUUUAAUAUUUUAUGUGUGUGUGCCGCGUCAGUCUCAUGUAACGUUUCUAAUACGGAAGAGUUGUUGUUAUGCUCAGCCUGUGCCUACUGGGGAGUGGGGCGAUGAAAUGACCCAUAUGAAUGGUGGCAAUUACUGA